AUGACCACCCUCCUCACUCCACGGCUCAUCCGCCUCAACACCCUCGCCCAGGUCGGCCGCCCUGCGCUCUGCACCCGCGUAUUCGCCUCCCGGUUCAGCACCAGCUCCGACGAAAUAAUCAAGGUCCAACAAGUCCCAGCCCCGAACUGCGGGCAUGUACGCGUGCUACAACUUAACCGGCCAGCAGCCCGCAACGCGAUCUCGCAGGAGUUACUAGAGAACCUGACCCGACAAAUCAAAUCAAUUGCCGACGAGGAUGGCGACGGAAGCACGCGAGCCCUGGUCAUCGGAAGCAACGUCGAUGCGUCGUUCUGCGCAGGCGCAGACCUAAAAGAGCGCGCCAAAAUGACCCAUGCCCAAGUCGAAGAGUUCCUACUGAAACUUCGCUCCACGUUCAAGGCCAUCGAAGCCCUCAAAAUCCCCACCAUCUCCGCCGUCUCGUCAAUGGCGCUCGGCGGCGGCCUCGAGCUCGCGCUAACCACCCACCUGCGCGUCUUCGGCUCGUCCUCAAUCGUAGCCCUCCCCGAGACGCGUCUCGCCAUUAUCCCCGGCGCGGGCGGAACCUACCGAUUGCCCGCAUUAAUCGGCCAAACGCGGGCACGCGACAUGAUUCUAACGGGCCGUCGAGUUUCUGGUCCGGAGGCGUACUUCAUGGGUCUGUGCGAUCGGCUCGUUGAAGUGCAGCCCGAGGAGGCACAGCAGGAGGGUGUGGCUCGGGAGAAGGGCGGGCCCAUUGCUGUCAAGCAAGCGCUGUUGGCAGUGGAUGGGGCGCCGCUAAGAGAGGUUUCGGAGAAUGCGGCUUACGAGCAGGUUAUUGAUACGGAAGACCGGUACGAGGCGCUGCGGGCUUUUGCGGAGAAGCGGAAGCCUGUCUUCAAGGGCGUUGAAGUGAGGAACGUUGAUUACGCGGCGACCGUGACGUCGGGGAUUGGAACAUUGACAAACCUAGUUCAAUCCGUGUAG